UAGCAAGCACAGGGAGACAGAAGAUGUCGUCCAUAUCUGGAGGAAACCAUUUUGGGAGCUUGGCUUUGAAAGGGUCUGGCCAGCUUCUCUCUGCCCUUCAUGUCCAGUCUUCAAGCCCCUCCCUUCUGAGGAUACUGUUGGAAGCAGAUAAGAGGGGUGGGUUAAAGCCAGCUCAGGCUGGAAGGCAGGGCCUGAAGGAGGGGAGUUAUUAUUAUUAUUAUUUUUUUUCUGUAAUUGAUUGAUUAGUUUGCUUUUGGAAGGAAUAAAAAAAAUAGGUCUUUCAGAGGAGUAUGGGGGAGAAAGUAGGAAAAGGAGGCUCAAAGGGAAAAGGUGAUGAGGUCUGCUGAGAACAGAGCCCCUGGGAGACGGAGCUGGCAGAGGCUAGUCCUGAGAGGGAAGGAGCGCCGAGGAGAGCGGUUUUGCUCCUGUGCUUGGCCCAGUGCAUUCUCUUUUGCAGGGGGCUGGGGUGGAACUUGGCCAUGCAGGCACUUGGUCAGGCCACCGUCUGGUGUGAAGUUGGCAAAUAUGGAGAGGCAAGUCCUAACAGGGGGCUCUGCUUCUCCCUCCUGGGCCUCCUGGACCUCAGGGUUAGGCUGGUUUCUGGUUGUCUUCUCAAAGCCUAACGAUAUGGAACGAUGAGGCUAAGGGACAGAGGGGGCUUUCUGCUUCUCUGUGUGUGACCUUGAGUUGUCCCCCUCCUUUGGACCUGAACUUCCCUGGAGUCUGAUGUUGAGGCUUGAUUCUUGGGUCUCUCUGAGGUCCAGACAGUCUCUGAAGGUUCAUUGACUUUUAGUGCCUUCAAACCAAGGCCUUGGAUGGAGCAGAGGUUUGUAGGAGUUGAAGUGAGAUCACUCCGCACAAACCCUACCACACAGUGUUAAGGCCCUGACAUUCUGUCUGGACUAUUGGCACGGUAGCCCACCUACAGUUUUCAGUGAAGGCCUUCCUGGAUUUAUCCUGAGGUGUUCCACAGCCUAGGAUUAUGCUCCGGAGGAGAUGAAUGUGAACCAUGGCUGUAGGGGAACAUGGCUGACGAGGUUGGGUCUGAGUUGACCUUGAUCUUGGUGUUCUUUGGUAUAAAAGCGGACGAAACCCUCCGCUCUUUGGCCAGCCCUUCCUCCCUGCAGGGCUCUGAGCUCCACGGCUGGCGCCCCCCAGUGGACUGUGUCCGGGCCAAUGAGCUGUGUGCGGCUGAAUCCAACUGCAGCUCCAGGUACCGCACCCUUCGGCAGUGCCUGGCAGGCCGGGAUCGCAAUACCAUGCUGGCCAAUAAGGAGUGCCAGGCGGCCCUGGAGGUCUUGCAGGAAAGCCCACUGUAUGACUGCCGUUGCAAGCGGGGCAUGAAGAAGGAGCUGCAGUGUCUGCAGAUCUACUGGAGUAUCCAUCUGGGGCUGACCGAGGGUGAGGAGUUCUAUGAAGCUUCCCCCUAUGAGCCUGUGACCUCACGCCUCUCAGACAUCUUCAGGCUUGCUUCAAUCUUCUCAGGGACAGGGGCAGACCCGGUGGUCAGUGCCAAGAGCAAUCACUGCCUGGAUGCCGCCAAGGCCUGCAACCUGAACGACAACUGCAAGAAGCUUCGCUCCUCCUACAUCUCCAUCUGCAACCGCGAGAUCUCGCCCACGGAACGCUGCAACCGUCGCAAGUGUCACAAGGCCCUGCGCCAGUUCUUUGACCGUGUGCCCAGCGAGUAUACCUACCGCAUGCUCUUCUGCUCCUGCCAGGACCAGGCCUGUGCUGAGCGUCGCCGGCAAACUAUUCUGCCCAGCUGCUCCUAUGAGGACAAGGAGAAGCCCAACUGCCUAGAACUGCGCACCCUGUGCCGCAUGGACCACCUGUGCCGGUCCCGCCUGGCAGACUUCCACGCCAACUGUCGAGCCUCCUACCGGACACUCACCAGCUGCCCUGCGGACAACUAUCAGGCGUGUCUGGGCUCCUAUGCUGGCAUGAUUGGGUUUGAUAUGACACCCAACUAUGUGGACUCCAACCCCACUGGCAUCGUGGUGUCUCCCUGGUGCAACUGUCGUGGUAGUGGGAACCAGGAGGAAGAGUGUGAGAAGUUCCUCAGGGACUUCACAGAAAACCCAUGCCUCCGGAAUGCCAUUCAGGCCUUUGGCAAUGGCACAGAUGUGAACAUGUCUCCCAAAGGCCCCUCAUUCCCAGCUACCCAGGCCCCUCGGGCGGAGAAGACUCCUUCAUUGCCAGAUGAUCUCAGUGAUAGCACCAGCCUUGGGACCAGUGUCAUCACUACCUGCACGUCUAUCCAGGAGCAAGGGCUGAAGGCCAACAGCUCCAAAGAGUUAAGCAUGUGCUUCACAGAGCUCACGACAAACAUCAGUCCAGGGAGCAAAAAGGUGGUCAGACUGAACUCCCGCUCCGCCAGGGCCAGACUGUCGGCUGCCUUGAUGGCACUCCCACUCCUGAUGCUGACCUUGGCCUUGUAGGCCUUUGAAACCCAGCGCAAAAGUUCUUCAAGCAACCCAGAUGUGAUUCCCGCCUGGCAAAAUGGAGACACACACACACACACACACACACACACACACACACACACAC